AAGUCCUCCGCUGGAUGGGUGUCCGUGGUGCCAAGCCAAUGGCGGAGCCCGCGUUCGAAUCCGUGGUGCGGCUGUGGUGUGUUUCUGAUAUCCACACCGACAUCAAGGAGAAUCUUCAGUGGGUCAAGCGACUCUCGGACACAGAAUACCUCAAUGAUGCGUUGAUUGUGGCAGGAGACGUCUCGGAUUCGAUGGACACGUUGGAACUUACGCUCGCGACACUCAAAAGGAAGUAUGCGGACGUGUUCUUCGUCCCGGGUAAUCAUGACUUGUGGACUGAUGAUGUGGACUCCAUUUCCAAACUUCAUCAGAUCGUGGCCCUCUGCCAACGUUUGCAGAUCCACACGGCUGCCAGAAGAAUUGGCACGGAGAAACAGGGCUGCUGGGUGUGUCCCAUCCUGUCGUGGCAUCAUCAAAGUUGGGAUCCGGAACCUGACCUGCAAGGUUGGGAUCUUCCUUCGGAGCCCGCACAGUGCAUGGUGGAUUUUGAGCGCUGUCGCUUUCCACCAGGUGUCUCCAUGUUUGAUGAGUCAGCCGCACGGAAAGUGGACACCUUGAACGAUCGUUUGGAGGUUUUGGCACCAUUGGCAGAUCGCAAAGACGAUGAGCCUUUGGUCACGUUCUCUCACUUUUUGCCUUACAUUGAUCUCCUCUUGGAGAAACGUUUCUUGAUGAUUCCCUGCUUGGCGAAGGCCUCCGGCUCCGACUUUUUGCAGAAACGCCUGGAGAGCCUGAAACCAGCCGUGCACAUCUUUGGUCACACACACUUUGGUUGGGAUACAG